ACGAAAUCAUACUUUCAUUUGGACAUUGGAAGGAAGCUAAAGAGCUGGUGAAAGGGAAUUCCAAGACAGGAGUUAGUUGAACAUUGCAAUCUGCAGAUGUAAUAAUGACGGGUGUUUUUGAAAUGCCAUUAUUAAUUCUUCUUCUUCUCACUUCAACCUUUUCAUAUGGAGAAGAGAAUGCUGAAAAGAAAGAAAAGAAGGAAUUGAAGUAUAUCCGGCCAGAUGUAGCAGACUUGGUACACUUCACAGAACCUUUCCAUGAUGAAAUAGAAUUUGAAUCAAGAUGGGUUCGAUCACAAGCUAAAAAAGAUGGUGUAGAUGAAAACAUAGCUAAAUAUGACGGAACAUGGAGCAUAAAAGAGCCCAAAAACAAUCCAAUGGUUGGCGAUAAUGGGUUAAUAUUCUCGUCAGAAGCUAAACAUGGUGCUAUUGCUGCUAUACUGAACAAGCCAUUCAAGUUUGAAGACAAACCGUUAAUUGCACAGUACGAGGUGCGCUUCCAAAACAAGCAAGAAUGUGGCGGUGCCUACAUUAAACUGCUAGCAGAGACGUCUUCCCUUAAUAUAAAAGAAUUUACAGAUAAAACUCUGUAUAGUAUAAUGUUUGGUCCAGACAAGUGUGGUGGUGAUGAAAAAUUACAUUUUAUCUUUCAACAUGAAAACCCCAUUACACAUAAAAUGGAGGAGAAGCAUGCCAAAAAGCCUAAAGGUGACUUCAGCUAUAUUUUUGAUGACAACAAAACCCAUCUUAUUACACUGGUUAUACGUCCUGAUAAUAGCUUUGAAGUGUUGGUCGACAAAAAGAGGGUCAAUGAGGGCAGUUUGCUAAAAGACAUGGAUCCAUCUGUUAAUCCAGCCAAAGAAAUUGAUGAUCCUGAUGAUAAGAAGCCACAAGAUUGGGACGAGCGUGAAAAAAUUCCAGAUCCAGAUGCUACCAAACCAGAUGAUUGGGAUGAAAAUGCACCAAAAAAUAUACCUGAUCCAAAUGGAGUCAAACCGGCUGGUUGGUUAGAUGACGAAUCUGAUCUUAUUCCAGAUCCAGCUGCUGUAAGACCAGCUGAUUGGGAUGACGAAGAGGAUGGUGAGUGGGAAGCACCACAAAUCAACAAUCCUAAAUGUAAGGCUGUUGGAUGUGGCGAGUGGAAGCCUCAAAUCAUUCAGAAUCCUGCUUACAAAGGAAAGUGGACUCCUCCUCUUAUUGCAAACCCACAAUAUAAGGGUAUUUGGGCACCAAGGAAGAUUCAAAAUCCUGCCUUUUUUGAAGACAACAAUCCAUUUGCAAUGAAAUCUAUUGGUGCUGUUGGGUUUGAACUGUGGUCUAUGCAGUCUGACAUAUUAUUUGAUAACAUAAUCAUUGCUGAUGACCAGGAGAUUGUCAACCAAUGGACCGCGCAAACAUGGGAUUUAAAACAUUCAGAAGAGGUUGCGAAGGAACCCAGCGCAGUGGGAAGCGCAAUGAAGAGUUUUAUGGAUGCGACAAAGGAAAAGCCGUGGUUGUGGGUAGUCGUUGUUGUCGCUGUUCUGAUCCCUGUCAUCCUCUUAUACGUGUUUUGUUUUUCACAAGGAAAAGAAGACCAGGCAGCUAUGCAUAAAAAAACGGACGAACCCAUGCCAGAUGAUAAACAUGAUUCUGAUAAAGAAAGGGAAGAACCAGAACAAGAUUCUGAAAAGGAACAAGAAUCACCAGAAGGAGAGAAAACAAAUGUUGAACCGGAAGAAGAUGUUGUAAAAGAGAAGGAUGAAGAAGAUGGCGAAAAAGCAGUAGAUGAUGCGGUUUCUGAAGAAGAGAAAGGCAAAGAAGAAGAAGAGGAGGCUGUUCAGGAUGAAAAGAACGGGGGUUGUGACAAAGAAGAAGUGCAGGCUAGUCCAUCUAGAACACGAGCACGAAAAAAAACACGCAAAGAUAAUUAGACUGUACUAAGUAAGGCGAAGACUACUAAAAUGUGUGCUUCGUGCAGAAACAUUAAACUUGUAGUUUUGUCAUCAGGCGAUAAGGAUAAUGACAUGGCAAUGACGGAACUGUUUUGAAUUGCAUUGUGAGAUGAUAUUAUAAUCGGGCAACCGAAGGAAAGUUACUGAACUUUUUUUAGGGCAUUAGAUUUUGUUCUUCUUUCUGUUCUGCUUCGCCGUUUAAAGGCCUUUUUCUCAUAGACAUGUAAAUUAGUAGAAUUAUACCUUGGAAUUACUUCUUUCACUUCUUUUUUUUCUCUCUGUCUUUAUUAGUCUAUAGUUCUUGUUCACCGUUCUUUUUUUAGUAUUUCCUGUGGUACGAAAAUAGUGUUAAUGAAUACAGUUUUAUUUUAAACAA